UGUCAGUCGUCAUUAUCAGAUCCUCAUUUCGGGAUUUAUGCAAUUUUAGAAUGGAUGCGAAAGAUAUUAUAAAUAAACUAAGGCGUGGUUUUAGGAAGGGUAAAACGCGUUCCUAUGAUUUUAGAAUACAACAACUAAAUCAAUUUGAUUUGAUGUUGAAGGAAAAUGAAGAUUUAAUAUGUGAUGCUUUGUAUAAGGAUUUACAUAAAAAUAAACAUGAGGUAUUAUUUACAACAAUAUUGAUUAUUAGAAAUCAUCUCUCGGUGAUAGUUAACAAUCUAAAAAAAUGGAUGUUACCAGAAUGUGUAGAAAAAGAUUGGGUUCAAUCAAUUAACUCAGCUUAUGUUGUCAGGGAACCUUAUGGGAUUGUUCUUAUUAUAAGUAGUUGGAAUUAUCCAAUUCAGUUAAGCUUGAUUCCACUUAUGGGUGCUAUUGCAGCAGGGAAUGUUGCAAUAUUAAAACCUUCUCCAAUUUCUUUAUCUUCAACAGCUUUAUUAGCUAAGUUAAUUCCUAAAUAUUUAGACAAUGAUUGCUUUGCAGUAAUUGAAGGUGAUUCUGAACAAACAUCUGCUUUGUUAAAAGAACAUAAAUUUGAUCACAUAAUGUUUACUGGUAGUUCAGGUGUUGGCAAAUUAGUUAUGAAAGCUGCAGCUGAAUUUUUAACUCCGGUAACAUUGGAACUUGGUGGUAAAAGCCCAGCGAUAUUGUUAUCUGAUUGUGAUGUAGAGAUAGCUGCUAAAAGAAUUUUAUGGGGAAAAUUUUCUAAUUGUGGACAGAUAUGCUUAUCACCUGAUUAUUUAAUCUGCCAGGGUUUUAAUACAAGGGACUCUUUUAUCAAAGUAGCUAAAGAAUUGCUCAUUAAAUUUUAUGGUGGAGAUCCAAAAUCAAGUGAUUCAUAUGGAAGGAUUAUCAAUAAAUUCCAUUUUGAUCGGAUCAAAGGAUUAAUGGAAGAUUGUGAAAUAGCUCACGGUGGCAAAUUUGAUGAGGUCGAAUUGUAUAUUGAACCUACCAUUUUAGUCAAUGUGAAUAUCGAUGCUCCUAUAAUGCGUGAAGAAAUAUUUGGUCCUUUAUUGCCUAUAAUUGUGAUAGAGAAUGUUGGAAGCAUAAUAGAAUUAAUUAAUAACGGGGAAAAACCGUUGGUGCUAUAUCUGUUUACCGAUGAUUCGUCCGUUCAAAAUAAAAUAAUAUCUGAAACCUCUAGCGGGGGAGUCUGUAUGAACGACGUUUUCAUGCACUAUACAUAUGAGCAUUUACCUUUCGGUGGUGUAGGAAACAGCGGAAUGGGAAAGUACCAUGGUAGAUAUUCAUUCGAACAGUUUUCCAACUCAAAGGCUUGCCUAAAAACAUCGCUGUGGUUCGAGGCCAUAAAUGACAUGAGAUAUCCGCCAUUUUCCGAAAAAAAGACCAAAUGGUUAUCGUUCCUGAUGCGUAAAAAGGUCUAAAAAUGGAUCUCUUUUUUUUAUUAUAGAAAUUAAUUUAUCUAGUUUGUUUGUAAUUAAUUCAAUGUUUUUAUCAUUUGAAUACAAACAUUUUAAUUGGUAAUCUCAAAUUAAAUUAUUUUUUAUACGCUCGUUUAUAUAUACAAAUAUAGUUUAUACGCUCACGUUUAUAUAUACAAAUAUAGUUUAUAACGCUCACGUUUAUAUAUACAAAUAUAGUUUAUACGCUCACGUUUAUAUAAGGGCAUUAUAAUUGUUUUUUUCCUUAAAUAUUCAAAUAUAGUUAUAUUUAUAUUUUUUAUAUGAAUAAAAUUUCUUAUAUCAAAUAUUCACCAAAGUAAUAUCCUUUAUCCAAAUAUAAAAAUAUUUCCCUCUUUAGCUUUAAAUUACAGUAAUAUUCUAAUCUAAAAUAUUUCAUCCAUCACUUUUUCCACAGUUUAUAACUAUUUUUAAGCAUGACAUAGAUUUUCACAGACAUAUUUUUAGACCACCACCCACAAAGCUCAUAUUUUUAAAUUUAUUUUUUAAGCGCGGUUUGAAUAUAUUUAAAUCUUAACCUCGCCAAAAUUUUUAAUUUAAAAUAUAAAUUAAAUAAAUACUUAUUUAAAGCCUUGCAAAAUAUAUGUUUUUUUAAGAAUAAUAAUAUUUUCUUAUUUUGUAAGCAAUUUAUAUUUGACCACCUCUUAUACUUUUAUAGUAACCUAAAUUUAUUUUUUAAAUUGUAACUUAACAUAAUUUUAUUUAAGACCUUAACUUAUUUCUU